AUGGCUCUGAUAACGGGUUUGAGAAAUGCGCUCACUGGCGGGCCUGGACCAGCAGCUGAUCUACGGGUUGAAAAUUUCAUGUUAGUCUGGUACACAUCGCUGUUUGGCCAUUACAAGACAGUUGCUGCUCAUUUGGAAUGGGGAGCCGAAUUUAAACAACGUCUAGUGGACACCCAACCCGAGAAGUCGAUCAGACCGUAUUUGUCUUAUCUCUGUGAGACGUGCUCAAAGACACCAGAUUCCUCCGAUCCGCUCCCGGGUAGCGAAGAAUAUCUCAAUCGACGAAUUGACAAGCUUUACACAGCGGGUGUUAACUGUUUUGCUACAAGGCCAUUAGCCAAAAUGUUCACAAAAGUCACGAACGCUCUCAGGGUGAAGAAGUGA